AUGAUGAUAUGCAUCGUGACAGGAGCCCAAGAGCUACGGCGAUAUAGUAAAGAGCUGAAGCAUGCUGAUGAGCUCAUGAUACCGAAGAACACAGAAACUGCCAAGAUGAUGGGAACGUUUGUCUUAGUUGUCCAUCUGACAGUUCUUGUUGCCGUGCUCGCCACUAUAGAUCAAAACUCGAAUGGUUUCUUUGAUUACCUGGAAGUCAUAUUCUCACUGUUCUUCGACUAUAUGAUGACUCUCCAGUUCGCUGUGCUGGAACUAGAGAUGUGGAUGAGAUUCUGCUGUCUGAAUGCCCGUCUGCAAGAAACAGUUCCAGUGCGCCUGACGCCUCUGUCUCGGGAAGCGGCUUCCCAGCUGACGUCCCCAAACAGACUUCGCCAGCUAUUGGAAGCCUACACGUCACUGUGCCGAGGAGCAAAACAUCUGCAGAACCACUUUGGAGCACCUGUGGCGGCCAGCGUGGCGCAGUCGGUGUGGUGUUCCACUUGCAGCGCCUACGAAGUGCUACUGAUACAGCUGCGGCCUCAGUGGGCUCGGAAGUUGCCACUCAGCCCCUCUGUCUGCAAUUCACUGAUGUUUCUCGGGUCGCACUGGCUGCGACUCACCACACUGGCGUUGUCUUGUGCGGCGGUGGAGCACGCAGCAGCGACUACUGGCGAACUCCUGUUGUCGGCUUCUGUGACGUCUGAGGGCCGAUGUGCUGAACUGGAGAGUUUCUUGCCAUUCGUCAUACAUGGCCCACGACUGCGUUUCUCAGCUGCUGGGUUCUUUACAGUCGACCGUCACCUGCUAGUGUCUGCAUUAGCCAUUGUUGUAACUUACGUUGUUAUCUUGGGACAGCUCACACCUAUACAGUGA